AUGGCCGUGGCCGACGACACGGGGGCCAAGACAGACCUCAAGGUCUCGUCGCAGCCCUCUUCGCUCAAGGAUGUCUCGACCGGCAACGCCGAGUUGGCCGACACUGCUCCCUUGCCAACCUACGAGCACGAGAAGAGGCUCGUCCUGAAGUUUGACCUGCGCAUCCUGCCCGUCCUGGCCUUCAUGUACCUCUGCAACUCUCUGGACAAGGGCAACCUGGGAAACGCGAAGACGGAUGGCAUGGAAGAUGACCUCCACUUCAAGCCCCACGAGUACAACCUGAUCCUCUCCAUCUUCUUCAUCCCCUAUGUCAUCUUUGCUCCUCCCAUUGCCUUUCUGGGCAAGAAGUUCGGCCCGGGCAAGGUCCUGCCCCUCCUCAUGUUCACUUUUGGAAGCAUGACCUUGCUCGGCGCUUGUGUUCGCAACUUUGGUGGCAUGAUGGCCCUCCGCUGGAUCCUGGGCAUGUCUGAAUCAGCCUUCUUCCCGCUUGUCAUCUACUACCUGACCACUUUUUACCGUCGUGGCGAGCUUGCCAGACGUCUGGCUCUCUUCUACGCCGCCUCCAACAUUGCCAACGCCUUCUCAGGCCUGCUCGCCUUUGGCGUCUUCCAAAUCAACUCCCACCUUCAUGGCUGGAGGAUCCUCUUCCUGGUCGAGGGUGCCAUGACUGUCACUUUCUCCGUCUUCGCCUUCUUCUACCUCCCCAAGUCCGGCACCGAAGCCUGGUUCCUCUCAGAAGAAGAGAAGCGCAUCGCCUACCAGCGCAUGCAGAUGGACUCGUCCUCUGUCGUCAACGAGAAGUUCAACCUGAAGGAAGCUCUCAAGAUCUUCAGAAUGCCCGCCACCUACGCGUGGUUGGGCAUCGAAAUCUGCCUCGGCGUCCCGCUCCAGUCCGUCUCGCUCUUCAUGCCGCAGAUCGUCGGCGCGCUGGGCUACGGCAGCGUCAAGACCAACCUCUACACGGUCGCCCCCAACGUCGUCGGCGCCGUCGUCCUGCUCAUCCUCGCCUUCGCCUCGGACCACGCGCGCCUGCGCUUCCCCUUCAUCGCCCUCGGCUUCCUGCUCACCUUCACCGGCUUCAUCAUCUACGCCGCCAUCCCGGACAUCCACGCCCAGAUCCACGUCGCGUAUUUCGCCUGCUUCAUGAUGACUUGGGGCACCAGCGCGCCCAGCGUGCUGCUGAGCACGUGGUACAACAACAACGUCGCCCACGAGGGCCGCCGCGUCACCCUGACGUCCGUCGGCGUCCCGCUCGCCAACCUCAUGGGCGUCGUCAGCUCCAACAUCUUCAGGAGCCAGGACGCCCCCAAGUACAAGCCCGCGCUCGCGACGACGGCGGCGUUCGGCGCCACGGGCGCGCUGCUGACGCUGCUGCUGGGCGCCUAUAUGAUUGUGGAUAACAAGAGGAGGGACGUGAAGCAGGGCGUGAAGGUCAGGGCGAGGGAUGUGAGUACCGAGAAGUUGAGGGAGGGUCCGAAGAGUCCGGAUUUCAGGUGGUUCUUGUAA